GAAAAGCAUCACAAAUCGAGUGAAGCGACGGGGUUUCGUGCGCUUGCAGCAUUUUCGGGAAAACAUUUAGGCUGGCAAAGAAAGAAGGAAAGAAAAAACCGCGUCCCUAGUGCCGCCAAAAGUGAGAAUCGAUAUCCAUUCGGAGCUUGUGUAUCGCCGCUUAAACCGAACUGUGUGCUGCCAAUCGUCAGCACAACGUGCUGAAAGUGCUGCUGUUACCGAGCGUCAAGUGGCUUGCUUCGGAUGCUUCAGCUUGAGCAAAUCCUGCGCCCCAUUAGAAGCCGCCAGCAUGAGUGAACCCGCAGCGCUGGGUGCAAUCAAGCAAGACCCGGAAGAUGUUUCCAGCAAGACGGAUGAAGCCACGUUUACGACCCUGACCGAGGAAGGCUUCCCGGCGGGCCCGUCGCUCAAAUCACCCACCCCGGCGGAAGACACCACCACCAUCCUGAGUGAUGACGAGACGAAAACGCUGACCACGCUGGAACCGGCCAGGAAGCCGUCGGGUGGAGUGGCAAAGAAGAGCUUUCCCGGUGCUGCUGGCGCCACCGCUGUCUCACAGAAACUUUCCAAUGAACCUCGCAAGAACGAUCUCAGCACGCCGGUGAAAAGUAAAACCAGCUCUAGCGCUACGGAGCAACCAUCGGCGGACAGUUUAAUACAGAAGAUGCGCAGCAAGCUGAGCAAGCACAUCGAGCUGAAGUCAAUCAAUUCCGCGAAACCCGCCAAACCCGCCAAACCCGCCAAACCCGCCAGCCCCGCACCGUUGGACAUGAGCGGUGCGAUCGAGAUACCGCAGGACAUGAUACUGAGCAACGACAUACCGCAAACGCCGAUCGCGGCGUCGGAUGCGAAGGAAAGUCGGCUGGACGAUCACGACCUGAUCGCCAUACUGGAGGGCAACAUGGUGGAGAUUCGAGAAAAUGCUUCCGAAAUUGAAGUGUGCGACGUGGGCGCUUCGCUCGAGAUCGUGUCGUUUUCGAUCAUCGAUCCGGACCAGCUGCAGCAGGAGAAAAAGGAGCGCGAGAUGGAAAUUGCCCGCCGGCAGAUGGAAAGCCUGCCGCUGCUGCCGAAGGUGCGAAAGCCGCGCACGAAAACGGUACCGAAGAGAAGCCCCACCGUCUCGCCGGCGGCCAGCCAGGGGGUGCCUGUCGAGGCGAACGUAACGCCACCGCCACCGGUGGUGAAGGAACCGGUCGGUGUGACCAUCAAGGGGCAGACGACAAUACGACCGGUGGUAAAGAUUCCGAGCGGUGCGAUCAAGAAGGAAGAAACAGCGCCAUCGGAAACGGCGGAAACGAUCAAAGCGAGGAUAAGCAAAAAUCUAAAGGAAAAGCUAAUGAAGGAAAUGAAGUUGCCUGUGCAAACGGUGGAAAAGCCGUUGUCGAAGGUGGAGCCCGUGACGGUGAGUCCGCAGACAAAGUCGGAGCUAGUCGAUUCGCUCGUUUCCGACUGGGAUGAUGAUCCGCCAGUUCAGCAGCAGGAAGGGGUAGAUGAGCCGCAAGAGACGGUAAAGAAACCCGUGCUAGCACCUAGCAACGAUGAACCAAAGGUUCCCCAGCAGCAGCCGAAGUCGCAGCCGACUCAGUUUGUUGCGCCUCCACCGAUCGCAGAACCGAAGCGCGUGAUAAAGCGAAAAAUCAUAUGGGAUCCAUCGGACGCAAGCAUCCCGUUUGCAAGCUUAGUCAAAUCGAACCGUGCCCAGUCGGCCGGAACUACUAACACCGAGCUAGCCCCGCUGCGGCGCAAGCGGGCCGAUUCCGUGGCCGUGCGCAUGAUUGACAACGCGCCCCACUUCAGUACAGUGGCACCGGUACGGCCGCGAGCAAAGACGCCCGAUCUGGGACAGGCGAUUGAGCGGAGCACCCUCGCAGCCAAGCCGGACGAGCUGGCGAACGACGCGAAAGCAAAGAAGCGCAAGAAGAAUGAAAUCGAGCGCUUGCUGGGCGACGAAGGCGCGAUCAACAUGCUGUACGACGUGGAGUGUGAAGCGACGCGGAAGGAUCUGCUGAAGGAGACGGAGGUGGACACGAGCGACGAGGACGAGAAGCUGCUUGCGAAGACGAAAAUCAUAACCGACGCCGUGAUCAAUCAGGGCAAAUCACCAAACGAAUCGCCAACCUCGCAGGGUUUGCGCGUCCGGGCCAAGCGCGGGACAACACCAUCGAAUCAGUCCGGGUCGACAGCAACCAGUCCGGGUUCCGCCGGCACCGCCCAACAAACAUCCAAAGCAUCCGUUCCAUCGGCUACCUCAUCGGCGUCCGGCGCUAGCGGAGCCCAGCCGUCAAAAAAGCAGGCCAAUGGCAAAGUGACCACCACCACCAUCCCGGCGAUAACGGGAGCCCGCAAGCGCAAAAUGACGGCAUCGGCCGCCAAGGAAUGGGAGUACGUGUACAAUGCGCCGCGCAGUGAUGACGCGAUGAUCAUUCGACGGCGCUCGAACAGUUCCUACUCGAGUGGUGGGGCCAGUCCGCGCCGGUUAAGCUUCGACCAGCCGAACGAAUCCGGGUCCGGAUUCGGGUCGGAGAGCUCUACCCUCUCCCAGAACGGAACGAGCAAUAACAAAUCGUCCUCCCCCGGACAGCAGCAGGAUGCGUUCCUAAAGCCACCGAACAAGAAGGAACCAAAGCUACCGGUCACGAAACCACCGGGCGGUGCCGGCGGGUCGACCGGCUCGGAGGACAUCAAGUUUAAUCCGUCUCUGGUGGCGAACAUGCGGGGGAAGCUUAGCAAGGUGCUGAAAGGCAUGAAGGGUGCCCCGCUGGCAACGAGCACACCGGGACAGGAUGUGCCGGCCCAGGCAAACAAGCAGGCGGCCAAGCGUAAGGCGCCGGCCAGCUCGGUUGAUAUGGUCGAUUCUGCGGUGAGUGCCGCAGGAGGUGAUGUAGCAUCACCGCCGGGUGGUGGUGGAUCCUUCCAGGAUGCGGCGGUACAAAAGCAGCUGGAUCAGCUGAAGCAGAUGACGUGCGUGAAGCAAGGCAACUACGCGGAGAUUGUGAUGAAAUCGCGAAGCGUUACUAAUGGUGACGGAUCCAAGAGUCCUUUGGAGAAUGUGUUUUCGCAAGAGCUGAUGAAUGAGCUUCACACUACGUUCCUUGCGCUACAGAAGGAUGUAUCCGUGCGUGCGGUUCUGCUACGAUCGGGCGGUGCACACUUUAGCCGCGGCUUAGACGUCGCCCACCUGGUACAGCCGGUAGAGAAAAGGAAAGCAGCGGCCGAGGAAAUGAGUACAUGCUUGAUGAAGUUCCUGAAGAUGCUCGUCGCCUUCCCGAAACCGAUCGUAGCGGCCGUGCAGGGCGACGUUCUCGGUAUGGGUGUCACGAUACUGCCCCUGUUUGACGUAGUGAUUGCCCAGCUCGGAAGCAGCUUCGUCGCACCGUACGGCCACUUUGGCUAUCUGCCCGAAGCGCUCGGUGCGUUCAGCAGUGGCGUUCGAUCUCUCAAAGCGAAAACGACGACGGAUCUGUUUCUGCAAGGCAAACGGUUAACGGCAGCAGCUGCACUGGAUUACGGGCUCGUGACGGAAACGGUCCCAGCGGAGCGGCUUGAGGAGCGAGCACGCACGGUCGCCAAAUCGGUCGCCUCCCAAUCCUUCCAGGCAAUGCUAUCCAUCAAGCAGCAUCUCCGGCGAGAGCUAGUGACCAAGAUGGAGUCGGCACUGUUGUUGGAGCAGAAGAAGCACGCCCAGCAGUGGGCCACACCAGAGUGUCAGGCCAAGUUUAAGCUGUUCGUUAGCAAGUGUGGAGAGCUUUAAACUGCUGGGCCGCCGCCUGCUGCGUUUUAAGGUUGUAGAUUUAGACAUUUGAGCAAAGCGACAUAAGCUCCCGCUCUCGCGUACACCAAUUGUAGCUGUACAGUAAGUUUGUUGCAAUAUCUGCGAUGCGACAAAAUGGUCGCUCCUCGUUUCAUUUAGAUUUAGCCUACUAAUGCCCACCCCACCCCUCCUUCUCCCUUUUACCCACGUUGUUAUCGAUGUGUUGUUUCCCCCCCAUUAUCAAGCGGAAGCUUUUUUAUUAACUAUACUAAAUACUUUAUUCCGUUUUCAACACAUUGCAACGCUUCCCGUGUGCCUUUCCGUCUUAAUACGCUUCUCUUUUUUUUUGUUUUAUUUUGUUAUUUUUAUACAAUCGAUGCUGCUUCCUUUUGGAUCCGCUGGAAUCCUUUUAUACAUUUCAACUCCGUGCACACGGCGUUACGAUUUUUGUAUCUUUAUUAUACGUUAUCUUUGUUUUUGAUCAACAGGAAGGCUAAACAGCAGGGGGGUUUUACAGGCGAGCAAAGGGAAAGUGCGUGCAAAUUAGUGGUGGUUUUGGAGGCAGGGGAAAAAAGAAAGGUUGUAUCCGUACGGUCAGUUUAGAAAGGAAACUUGGAAAGGAGAGCAAAAUAUUAUUUAAAAUAUUUUUUGUAAUUGUUUUUCUUUUCUUAUUUGAUUGUAGCGACAAAAAUUCGUUAAUUCUCUUUAAAGAAAAAGAAACAUAUUAAAUAUAACGAGCGAAAAAGAAAAACAUAUUAAAUGAAACACAUUUAGUAUCCAGAGGGAGAAAAAAAGCAUUGUUUAUUGGAGAAAAAUAAUUAAAAAUCAUUUAGUAUGAUAAUUGAGCUUAGUUUUAGAAACAAACAGAUAUAAAAAAAAACCCAGAACCAAGAGGAAAUAUAUUUUGAACUGAA